UUAAAAUUAAAAUAAAAACAAAUACCCUAGCCGCUCCUCUCUUGCUCGCGCGACGCGCCUCCCUCGCCUGCUUGCGUUCCCACCGGCGAAAACGCUGCCGGCGAGCCUCCUACGGCGGUCGGAUUCCCUUUCUCUCAGGCGUGAUCUCACGACACAGGAGGGGCUCCCAUUUCACGCAGCCGCAUGAUGCCUAGUCAACUCCCGCAUCCCUCGCCGACGCCGCCUCCCCUUCGGCCGGAAAAACCUGCCGCCGUUCUCCGUUCGCUGUUCCUUGCCGUAUCAGUGCAGAGUCAUAACAACAUAUUUGGAGCAAUAAUAAAGGGAUAUUUAUGAAUCAAAGAGAGAUUUUAACGUCGCAAGUCAUUGUCUGUACAUACUCAUGACCUCAAUUUCAAAGAGUUAUUCCUCCCUACUACAGUUGUACUCUAGACCUCAACAUCUAGUCGAGGUGAAAAAACUCCACGGUAUUAUCCUCAAAACCCUUCACUGCAAUAUUACUUUCCUUUUCAAUAGCCUUAUCACCUCCUAUUCCAAAUCCAAUCUCCCAUCUUAUGCUCUUAAAGUUUUCCUCCAAAUACCUUGUCGAAAUCUGUUCUCAUGGAAUGCUCUCCUCGCUUGUUCUGCCAAGUCCGGUCAUUUAUCUGAGAUGUUAAACAUCUUCAACUCCAUGCCAGAAAAAGAUUGUAUUUCCUGGAACUCGGUGAUCUCAGGAUAUGCCUCUCAUGGUUUCCCCGAGAAGGCAAUUGACACCUACAAGUUUAUGCUGAGGGAAGGAUAUGCCAUGCAAAAUCGAAUCACUUUCUCCACUAUGUUAAUCAUCUCAUCAACUGUGGUCUCUUCCAUAUUGGGUAUACAGGUUCAUUGUCAAGGAAUAAAACAUGGGCUUGGAUCUCAUGUCUUUGUGGGUAGCCCUUUGGUUGAUAUGUAUUCUAAGAUUGGGCUAGUAUCUGAGGCAUGGUUAGCUUUUCAAGAGGUCAAGGAGAAGAAUUUGGUUAUUCACAAUAGUAUGCUCAUGGGUUUUUUUCGAUGUGGCAUGGUUGCAAAAGCAAAAAAGUUGUUUGCAAGGAUGAGGGAGAAGGACUCAAUUUCUUGGACCACCAUGAUUACUGGUCUUACUCACAAUAGUUUUGAACUUGAAGCCAUUGGCUUGCUUAAAGAAAUGAGGUAUGCUGGUGUGACCAUGGAUCAAUAUACAUUUGGCAGUGUUUUAACUGCUUGUGGUGCUCUUUCAGCAUUAGACCAUGGAAAACAGAUUCAUGCUUUCAUUAUUAGGACUCACUUAGAUGGCAAUGUAUUUGUUGGCAGUGCACUUGUUGAUAUGUAUUCCAAAUGUAGGAGUAUAAAAUUGGCUGAGUCGGUUUUCAAGGGGACAAAGGUUAAAAAUCUUAUUACUUGGACAACCAUGCUUGUGGGAUAUGGUCAGAAUGGAUGUUAUGAGGAAGCUAUCGUAAGUUUUCUUCAAAUGCAAAGACAUGGUAUUAAGCCUGAUGAUUUCACGGUUGGGAGUGCAAUAAGCUCUUGUGCUAAUUUGGCAAGCAUAGAGGAGGGAGCACAACUUCAUUGUCAAGCUAUUGUCUUAGGGCUGAUGCCAUUCAUUACAGUCUCAAAUGCUUUAAUUACACUAUACGGUAAGUGUGGUAAUAUUGAGGAAUCCCAUGGAUUAUUUGAUGAAAUGACUACCAAGGAUGAGAUCUCAUGGACUGCAUUGGUCUCAGGAUAUGCCCAAAUUGGGAAGGCCAAAAAGACAAUCGAGCUUUUUGAGAGAAUGAUGGGUAAUGGUGUCAAGCCUGAUGGUGUUACCUUUAUUGGUGUAUUGUCAGCUUGUAGCCGAGCAGCGAUGGUGGAGAAAGGAUACUAUUAUUUUAACUCAAUGAUAAAUGAACAUCGAAUUUCUCCUAUUAUUGAUCAUUAUACUUGCAUGAUUGAUCUUCUUAGUAGAGCAGGAAGGUUGGAAGAGGCCAUGAAUUUCAUCAAGAGGAUGCCUUGCCGCCCAGAUGCAAUUGGUUGGGCUACAUUGCUAAGCUCAUGCAGGGUUCAUGGUAACAUUGAGAUGGCAAAAUGGGCAGCUGAGUCUCUAAUUGAAUUGGAUCCACAAAAUCCUGCGAGUUAUUUACUUCUUUUGAAUAUGCAUGCAUCAAAAAGAAAUUGGGAGGAAGUAGCUCAAAUAAGAAAGACAAUGAGAGAUAAGGGGGUGAAGAAGGAGCCAGGUUGCAGUUGGAUUAAGUACAAUAACGAGAUUCAUAUCUUUUCAGCCGAUGAUCAAUCACACUCUAAUUCAACAGAAAUAUAUGCUGAACUAGAAAGACUUGGUUUGAAGAUGGACGAAGAAGGUUACAUGCCAGAUACUAGCAAUGUCUUGCAUGAUGUCUCAGAGUAUGAGAAGAGGUUUAUGAUUGGCCACCACAGUGAGAAACUUGCCAUUGCAUUUGGCUUGAUAUUCCUACCAAAUGAGUUCCCUAUAAGAGUAUUCAAGAAUCUUAGAGUUUGUACGGAUUGCCAUAUCGCCACCAAGAUUAUAUCUAAGAUAACUGGACGGGAUAUUCUUGUAAGGGAUGCUGUCCGUUUCCAUAAGUUUAGUAAUGGCUCAUGCUCAUGUGGAGAUUUUUGGUGAUUUCAUCUUUCCUGUCAUCAAUUUUUUGCAUCAUGCAACAACAUGAUCGCUUCUUCCCACGAGCCCUAGCAGUUUUUUUGUUCUAAUAGGGCUGAAUCCAUACAUAUGAGAUUUUGGUGAUAUUUCAUGGGAGCCUAUUCCCAUUCCUCUGCCGAGUUAAAGAAAUUGAUAUGAGAGAUUAUAUUUGAUAAAUUUGGAUGACAAACAGCUCACUGGUCCACCAAAUUUCUUUGAUAAUGCUCUUAGCAAAUUAUCAACGGUUCAUGAUACAGUUCUCCUGAAUGGAAAUUUCAUUGAAGCUUGGUUAAAAUGCCGGUGGAAAUAUAUUUUGCUUAUAAUUUGGGGUGCAAUCACAUUCUAUGAUAUGGAGUUGGUCUUCAGUUCUUCUCUAAUGUUCAUGGCAAGCCAAAAUUUUUUGAACAAUAGACAAGUUUAUGGCAUCUUUAACCUGAAAGAACAAGUCUGGAAUCACUCUCUUGGAUAAGCAAACCUUGAAUUUCUUUCUCUGAUAUGAGGAACAGAAGGAAAACAAUCAAGUUAUAGACAGCUGCACCAACUGGAUUACUACCAAUUGUACUACUGGUGAGGCUUUAUGGCACAUUCAUGUUGGUGAAACUUCAGAUCUUUUUAGUAAUUACCUUGGGGUUGUUAGCAAUUGAACUUGGCUAAAGGAUCUCAUUAUUCUUCUUUUCCUUUAUGAGAUUUCAAUGGAAGUUAUUUGACGAUGGCGCUGAAGCGCCAACCUGCUGAAUCGGCUGGCAAAUACUCUCACACACCUUAACUGAUCCAAAGGACCAGUCUAGGCACGAAUCUCGCAACCUCUGGAGAGGGGCGGAAGGCAGAUUCCAGAUUCUUGUGUGGAGUUGUUUUCAAUUUUUUAGGGUUGUAUCCGAGGAAGUGGUGGUACUCUGGCCGUAUACUAGUCCGAGGCGGUGUUGUAUCUUCCUCAAACCCCUUCUCCACUCCUCCCGUUCCCUUAUCUCUAGCCGAUGGCCACCCCCGACACAUCUUCUUUAUGCUGCCGCCCACUUCCAACCCUCCCAUCCACCUAUCAGCACCCUGUCCUCCCUUCCCCAGCUGCCGGACCUUGCUGUCCUGCCCUAUAGCUACCAACCUGUAUCCCACCAGCCUUUCCAAGCAGCCCUCCUUGUUGUUCGGGUCAACCCCACAGAACCCAACAUCUCCGCUUGCCUUUUCCACCAAUUUCCCUAUCGCCCCACUCCUCCAACCAUCAAAUCAGCCACCACCCCUCAUUCCAAAUCCUCCUUUUCUAACCUACCCCGCUGCCUCCAGCCCUUCCCCGUCCCCGCACUACGCCAACGCCUACACCACCACCACCACCACCACCACCCAGGGUCCUCGCUUCUGGCCUUAGCCGAAGCUUAGUGUCAUUAUAUUGUUCUUUCCAGUUAUGUCAUGUUGUAGCACUUUUUUUACAUUAAUAAAAGUUUGCUUUUGAGUUUCUGCUGAGUUCUUACUUGUUCCGGUUUCAGUUUCUCUACAUUUAUGUCAAUGUUUUUAAAAGCGUACUUUUAAACACACUUCACGAGCAAAGCGAAGC